GGGAUAUCCACACAAAAGAAGAAAAAGUAAGAGGACUAUCGAAAAUUAUUUUCCAACUCAUCAGCAUGGCGGAUUCUGUAGAAAACUCUGUACCGGCGUUAGCAGUAACUGCUGCAGUUGGAGCUGUAGUCCUAUUAUUCGUUCUUUUAUGCAGUGUCGGAAGACGUGCCGACAAAAAGGAUGAAGAUGAACAGAAAACAGAAACUGAAGAAAAGAAAGUGAAUAAGACUGAAAAGCAGAUGAAGAAGUCAAAACCAGCCCAACGACAUAAACGGAUACAGCAUGUACCAUUUAGUCAUGCAUGGCUGGCUACCAUUCUUAGAGGACAUAGCAGCCCAGUUCUUGGUUUUGACUUCAGUCCAAAUGGAAAAUAUUUAAUCUCAACUGCUGAAGAUAGAUCUGCUAUGCUGUGGAGUACAAAAGAGUUCAGUAAGAAAGAGCACAAAUUUAUUCGUGGAAAUAUAGAACUUGACCAUGGGACCAGAGUAAAGUUUUCACCAGAUUCUAAGGCUUUUAUUGUAUGCCUAGGAAAUGAGAAUACAGUUAGAAUUUUACGAAUCGGUAAAAAAGAUGAUGGUUCUCCAGGAAAUAUAACUGCAGCUUUGGACUUUCCAAAAAAACAUACAGCAGAGAUUAUACAAAUAGGCGUUGCCAGUAAUGGCAGAUUUAUUAUGACAUGUAGUAGAGAUACAACAUUAAUUGUAUGGUCUAUAAAAGGUGAAGUUUAUUCUACAAUAGAUACCCAUCAAAUGAAUAAUGUGUAUGGUGCUGUCUCACCUUGUGGGAGAUUUGUCGCUUCUUCAGGUUUUACCCCAGAUGUUAAAGUUUGGGAGGUUAUAUUUGACAAAGGAGGAGGAUUCAAAGAUGUAAAACGUGCUUUUGAAUUGAAAGGUCACUCAUCUGGUGUAAAUUGUUUCUCUUUUAAUAGUGACUCCAGCAGAAUGGCAUCAGUUUCUAAAGAUGGCACAUGGAAAUACUGGGAUACUAAUAUUCGAUAUGAACUAUCACAGGAUCCCUAUUUAUUGAUGACAGGCAGUAUAUAUUGUGAAACUCCUAGUCAUAUAUCACUUUCUCCUGAUGGGAGGAGUAUAGCUGUUGGGGGAGAUAACUCCAUCGGCUUUUAUAAUGCUGUCUCAGGUGAAGAAGAAGAGGUCUUGAAAAAUAUUCAUGAUGGUUCUAUAACAGAACUUUCCUUUGAUCUCUCUAACAAAUAUCUAGUUAGUUCAGGUGAUAAACAUAUUUUAAUAAUACACAACAUAACAGGCUACAGAGCUACAAUAUCAGAGUUAGAAUCAACAGAGAUAAAAGCUACUACACAGGCUCAGAAAGAAAGAGUCAGGCAGCAAAUAGCUGAAGCCAGGUCUUCUUUAGAAAGUAUAUUAGGAACAGCCAAUGGACAUGCUGAGAGCAAAUAAACCAUUUAUGAAAGGCAGCUAUUAUAUAUACAUGAAGCUCCAGUGAACUUGUUUAUACUCUUUAUAUUGUCAAUGUGCAACAAUUUUUAAUGAAAUGUGAUAUAUUGUGCCCUAUAAGGGUUAUUCCAGAAAAAAAAAUGUAAGGAAGUGAGGGAGAGAAUAACAUCACCUACUCAGCUUUUUAAGGGAACUUCUCAAGAUGUUUCUUUGUUGUUGUCAGGUUGUAACUUGGUAGUCAUAUAUCCCUUAUCCCUUUUUUUAAAAAUAUAAGGAUCACUAACAUCAAGACAUAGAUUGAUUAUAUACGAUUUAAAAUAGAGGAAUAUUAAUGUAAUAAACUUAUAAUAGGUUUAAUAUGUAAAUCUGAAUUUAAGGAUGUACUUAGGUGAAAAAAUUUUUUUUACUAUAUGUCAGAACAGCAUUAGUUAAGGAACAAAAUAAGCUAAAAAUAUUGAUAGGUUAUGGAGCUCCUAAUCGAGAUAUUUUUUAAAAAUGGCGGGAAAAGGCUGACUCGGACUUUUACCUUAUAUUUGCAUUGGUAUUAUUUGGGUCUCAAAUCGAAAGAAAAGAAAUCUAGAAUCUGCUCAAAUUUUGGUAAAUGACCUUUUAUGAGCUAUUGAAGUCUUAUAUGCAAAGAAAAUUGGAUAUUAUGGCUCAAAAUAUUUUACCCUGUAUCGUAAGAAAAGAAGCAAGGAGUGGGAAGAUCUGAUAAAUAUUCAUAAACCUGACCUAAGUACAUCCAAUAUUGACAUUUUGAGAUUGCAGAUUUAAGUGUACUGAUUGGUAGUUUGUUUCAAUGGGUUAUAUAUCUUUGAAAAAAAGAUUCUUUUCUGUCCUGUGUUUUUUGCAAGAUGGAAUAAAGAAACUGCUUAAAUUUGAAUGCCUUGUUUGUCUAUUUUUUUGGAAAAAACUAAUAUUCUUAGGUAUUGUGACAUUUGCAUGUUCUAUUUUGUACAACAUUACUGUCCUGUUCCAUUAGAAAGGCUGCCCCAUUCAAGGUGAUGUAAUAUGUUACCAAUGCUUCAGAUGUUUCUGUAUUUGUUAGUUACAAAAUUGGCAGCCUUCCUUUGAACUCUUUCAAUGCUGAGUAUUUCAUGAUGUAAGGAAAGGCCCCAAAUUAAGCAUGUCUGUAACAAUAUGCCAGGUAUAAAAGUAAACCAAGAAGAUAAUGAGGAUUUUUUAUUAUGGUUACACCAAAUUUCUUAGGGGUUUUCCAGAAAUAAUUGAAUGGGGGAGGGGUGUUCCAAAGCACUUUUAUCAAAAUUUUAUUGGUGGUGGUUAUUUUAGACAGAAAGCCUUAACAAUUGUAUGAAAUGAUCAAUUAAAAUUUUAUACAAGGAAGGGUUAAGUAGAAAAUGCCUUCAGACUAGCCCAUACAUUUAUUUCUGGAAUAGCCCUUAAAAGAUGAAAAAGAUUGAAGUAUAGCUAAUGCCUUCAACAUCCCUUUCCCCUUUCAAAUACAACUUUUUUUCUGGAAUAACUUAACAUUUUAUUGUGUUCAUGAAGGUUAAGGAUGUUACCAGAAAAUAAAAUAUAUACUUACA